AUGUUAAACGCAUCAGAACGUUCUUGCCUCCUUACGCUCCCUUUAUUUCCUACUUUCUUCAAUCCUUCUUGCUUUCUUUCGAUCCUUUUUGGUUUUCUUUUCUUCUUACUUUAUUUUAUUUAUUUUUUUCUUCAUUUCUUUCUUUUCUUUCGUUACUUUCUUUCUUUAUUUCUUUCGUUCAUUACUGUCUUUUAUUGCUUACUUUAUUUUUUCUUUCUUUCUUUCUUUACUUUUUCUUUUUUUCUUUACUUUUUCUUUCUUUCUUUACGUUUUUUUUCUUUCUUUACGUGUUUUGUCUUUCUUUUUCUCGUCUUUUCUUUCUUGUCUUUUCAUUUUUUCUUGUCUUUUCUUUCUUUCUUUCUUGUCUUUUCUUUCUUUUUUGUCUUUACUUUUCUUUUUUGUCUUUACUUUUCUUUCUUUUUUGUCUUUACUUUUCUUUCUUUCUUUCUUGUCUUUACUUUUCUUUCUUUCUUUCUUGUCUUUACUUUUCUUUCUUUCUUUCUUUCUUUCUUUUCUUUCUCGGUUAGGGUUAUGUUGGUCCUGAAUUUGUCCUCCCACUUUUCUCUCUCUCUCUCUCUCUCUCUCUCUCUCUCUCUCUCUCUCAACAUAGCAAGCUCAAUUGUCACGGACAACACCGACGCCACAAAAACAAAUCCCGACCACAUCCCCGCUCUGAUGUCAAGCAUUUACACACAUUUGUCAAAAUCUUCUUCACUUUUUUCCCCCAAUUCUUCUUUCUCCAAAGUUUUGUCACUUCUUCUUCCUCUCACAUUUAACCUGUUAAUCCAUUCCUCAAUUUUCAUCGUCAUAGUCUUCCAUUUCUUCUUCCUUCUCUCACGUGUUGAUUACGGCAAUAGCUGUCUGAUUAAUUCAGAAUUAUUCUUCGUCUCGUCUUUGGGAAAGGCUGUUUAG